CGGUUUAAAUGCCUGUGCAAACGUGCACGUUACAUUCAGGACGAUAUGUCGAUUUUUUAAGUUCCGUUUUUCGUUCUGAAAAAUGGUAGUUAUAAUUUCACAAGGAAUAAGGAAUAUCAGUCCUGACUGAAUGUGGGGUACAUGUAUGUAAACACAAUGUGAAUAUUCAGGAAAGAAGAAUGGCGGAGGGGGGAGACAACACCACGCCGUGUGACCUGUGUGACGGUCAGAACGAGAUUAACAGGAAAUGUCUGACGUGUGACGAGUUUAUGUGUGAAUCCUGCAGUAGGAUCCACUCCAAAAGUAGACAGUCACGUGAUCAUGACAUCAUCACCAUCGCCGACUCCGAAAAGUUGACAGCGCUCGUGCCCUAUCAGCCCCGCGAAAAUGAUGAUCAGGCAGACGACAUCGAUGACAUUGAUGAUUUCUGUGAGGAGCAUGAAGGAGAGAGGUGCAUAUUGUUCUGUGUUACGCGAGGAUGUAAUUGCUUGGUCUGUCGUGUCUGUAUUUUAGAUUAUCAUCAAGGACAUCGAUUUGUGGAAAUUGACGAUGUCCUGACAUCCUUUAAGCGCCACGAGGCUGACAGAAGUCGCGAGGAAAUCGAAAACUGUAUUUUGCCAUACCUCACAGAGAAGAAAAUGCGACUGACCGCGGCUAGAGAAAGUGUCUUGAAUGACAUUCAAAGUAAAAAAGAAACGGUGAAACACAGGUAUGAGGAACUCCGGAAAGAGUUAGAUAAGCACUAUCAAACAACCCUGUCUGGUUUAGCUAAUGCAGGCAAGGCCAAUAUAGAGAUUAUUGAUACUUUAGGAAAGUCCAUAGAUUUCCAUAUAUCACGGCUAAGAUCUAACCUGACUACCGGCGAAAAACGCUCUGAAAACAGAAAUGACAUUGGAUAUAUCAAGUAUGCUCGUGUGUUAGAAACUGACAUCGAAAGUACACCCGAGGUGUUGAUUCCGAGUUUCAAUAGACUCAUGUUAAAUACACAUGGAAACUGUACGAUAUCUGAUAUUUUUGGAGAUCUUGAAGAGGUUGUCGAGUGUGAACCGGAAGUAAUUUCGCGGUCAUCGACAGGCUUCCCUGAAGUGUCUUCCAUCUGUCCCGUGUCGCCAUUCGCAGCUUGGCACGGACAUUACAAACACAGAGGCAUACAGCUCUUAGAGGUAGAUGAAUGUGAUCAUCUUUUACCCGGAGGAGGUUUUGGAAAAUCCGGGGUUUUAAACAUGGCUGCCACACCGGAAGGAGAUAUGUAUAUGGUCAUCUACGGAAGUAAUGACGUCAUCAUGUUAAAAACAGACGGUUCGGUUGAAAAGAUUUAUGACACUCGACCUUAUGUUGCUCUAGGUAUUGCAGUUACUAAAAAUAGAGACAUCUUACUUUGUCUUGCCGAGUCGUAUCCUAACGAAAUGAACCCAAAUGGAAAGCGGAGAGUGGCGCGAAUUACAAAUUUCGGUAUUACGCGAGAUAUUAUUGAAAAGGACACCGAGGGUCAGGACAUAUUUGUAUACCCCUUUCGUGUUGGUGAAAAUAUAAAUGGCGACAUCGGCGUCAUAGAUCACGUGGGAGAUGCGGAAGGGUUGCUCGUGUUGCUAAACUCGGAAGGCACCACGAGGUUUACUUACAAUGGUCGAGAGCAACUCGAGGGGCAAGUCUGCAACUUGACUGACAUCACAUUUGAUGGAGAGGGCUGUAUCCUAAUGUCUGACGUCACAAAUCAAUGCAUCCACAUGCUAUCGAAGGACGGUAAAUUCCUCCGCUUUGUGGACGUGUACAUCUACUAUAACACUAAGUUAUCUCCGACAACGCUCGCCGUGGAUUCCUCGGAAUGCCUCUGGGUUGGAGGUGUUUCCAAGCAUAGAUACUUUAACAGAACAGAUGCCCACGUCGUACGUGUCAAAUAUAAAAUGUAAAAAGCCUGAUUUAUCAACAGUGAUUAUGAAGAUUGUGUUCAUUAGAUUUAAUAAAGCUUAAGAUUU